GAUGAUUAAUUCUUCCAGUGUCUCUCAAUGUAGUAGCUUUUCAAAAUAAAAGGACUUUGACUAUGGUAGAUUGAUUUUUGUUAGGGUGUUCGGACAGUAAAAAAAAAAAAAAUCGGAUAAGUAUGUCUCAAAUCAUAGUAGAAAACUGUAAAUUGGUCUUCCGUAUUCCCUCCUGGUUCCUUAUCUUCUUUCGAAAGCCAUAUGCCAAAUUUCAAUCGUUUCAUAGAUACAGCCCUUCAUUCCCUAGAGCAAUUGCAAAAUCUCUCUCUGAAUACUAGCGCAAAUACACAAGGUACAAACGAAGCAAGUGCCUUUUGUGAACAACAUGAAUUUUCUUCAAAAGUAGUAUACGUCAAUCCCGCCACAGGCUGUUUAGCUUAUCCAGCGUAUAAUGAAGGUGGUGACCGUAUACUAGAUUUUUCCAGUGUUGGAUACAUGGAAGGCAACGAAAUACUACCAAAUAUAGACCAUUUAAUAAAACAAGUAGUUGAACCAAGUUUUCCUCAAACCAAUGAUGAUACAGAGCGCAUACAAAAUGCUUUGGAUUGGGUAGGAAACUUGCCCAUCGACCCGAGUUCAGGUUUUCGAGGUAUUGUACAAUUAGGUCAAGGAACAUACCGUAUUAGUCGCCCUUUAGAGUUACAUGUAUCUGGUGUGAUAUUACAAGGCAUUGAAAAUGGUGGAACUGUCCUUGAAAAUAUUGGAAACGAAAAUCAUUUGAUUCGUAUCUCAGGAAAACCGAACGAACUGGCAAAGAAACGAGCUCCUAUAGUUGAUGAUUAUAUUCCAGUAGGAUCAACUGAAUUAAAUGUAAAACAUGCGGACCGACGAUUUAAACGAGGUGAUACUGUUGUGGUGGCUGUAAAUUUCAACGCAGCAUGGAUUAAAGCUAUUGGUAUGGAUAUCAUUCAUCCAAAAGGUGAUACAACAAAAAACAAUGGAUGGAAGCCCGGAAGAUUUGAACAUUUGCGACGAAUAUUGGACGUUAAAGGGGAUAAAGUGGUCCUUAAUAGUCCUAUCACCACACGAUUAGAACAAUGUUAUGGUGGAGGAUAUGUAGAAAUUUACACAUCUCAUCGAAUCCAAAAAGUUGGUAUACAAUACUUGACCUUGCUUGAUCCUCGAAAUGCGCAACGCACCAAAGAAAUCAUAAUGAAGAAUGAAAAGAAUAAAGUCAAAGAUUAUAGAUUCGCUUCUGAAAUGUUUGAUCAGGUUCUAAUCGAAAUGGAUCAUGCUGAAAAUUGUUGGGUGAAGCAAGUAACCUCUGUAUGGUGGCGGAAUUUUGUCCGUUUAGGAACAAAUACUUUGGCUAUAACAUUUUCUCAAUGCCGCCAUACAUUUCCUCCUGGUAGUGUUGGAAUGAAAGAGCCCAUAACACCACUCGUUGGUCAAUUCGGUUUUGAAAUCUCAGGUCAACAAAUUCUGAUUGAUCAGUGCCACGUUGAACAUAGUUUUCAUGCUUAUUCAUUUAAAGGAAGAAUACCUGGACCAAAUGUUAUAUAUCAAUCAAAUGCUGUUGGACGUCUUGGUGAUGUUGGUCCUCAUAUGAAAUGGUCCUCUGGACAACUGUAUGAUAAUUGUAACAUCGAGGGGCAGUUGAUAAUUCAGGAUAGAUUUGAUGCAGGUAGCGGUCAUGGAUGGUCAGGAGCGAAUAGUGUUGUUUGGAAUAGUGUUGCUCAUACAGGGGUUGUUGUGCAAUGUCCUCCAGUUGGUCAAAAUUUCUUGUUGGGUAGUUCUUCAAAGCGUGGAAAGGCACGAAUGAAUCACCCAUGGGCUUGGGAGGAAUUAAAGGACUCAAAGAUACAUCCAACAAGUUUAUAUUUAACUCAACUGUAUGAGAAACGUAGAGCAUUGAAAUAGUAAUUGUGUCACUAUAUUGAAAUACUUUUGAUAAAAAUAAAUUUGUAAAACUUUUACUUUAUAAAGUAUUAAAACAAGGCAAUUCUUUUAUUCAAAACAAAGAGCAAAAAUUGGCUUUACAAAAG